AUGGACUUGGAGGUCAGGGAGCCAACAGACUUUAGUUCUAGAGAUAAUCUGGCUCAGAAAGAAGAAGGUGGAGACAUCCAGAUCCAGUCUGCUCAGCCCUACAUGUCUUCACGCGAUGACAGGACACAAGACACCAAAGGGAAACCAUAUUUACAGGCUACUAAACAUGCAAAUAUGUAUGUAGUACAAAUUUCAGAAGAGGGAGACUCAAAUGAGAACAAUAACAAUGCCAGCAAUCCAUUCUCAGAUGCAUCUGUCCGCAGAGCCUUCAUUAUAAAAGUGUUCCUCAUUGUGUCAGCUCAGCUGUUAGUCACUGCCAUAAUCAUCAGUGUGUUUCUUUUCUGGAAUGAUUUAAGGGAGUGGGUAUUGGCAAACCGUUGGUUCACCUAUGCAUUCUUGCCCGCCUUUUUUAUUAUCCUGAUUUUACUUGCUUGCUGUGAGCAUCUCCGCCGUCAGGUGCCUACAAAUUACAUUCUCCUGGGACUCUUUACAGUUCUUCAAGGUCUGCUGCUAGGCAUCAUAUCAGUUUCCUAUAACGUGGAAGAAGUGUUAUGGGCCACAGGAGCAACCACUAUGGUGACAAUAGGGCUCACUUUAUUUGCUCUACAAACAAAAUGGGACUUCACCAUGCUAAGUGGAAUGCUGUUUGUUUUCUUAUUCAUUCUUAUCAUCUAUGGAAUUAUCUUAAUCUUCGUACACUCCUAUUGGCUGCAUCUACUGUAUGCUGCACUUGGGGCUCUGGUGUUCUCCCUGUACUUGGUGAUGGAUGUGCAAAUUAUGGUGGGAGGACGUCACCAUUAUUCUCUGGACCCUGAAGAGUAUAUUUUUGCUGCCCUGAACAUCUACUUGGACAUUAUCAACCUUUUCCUUUUUAUUUUGCAACUGAUUGGACUGGGGAGGUAGUCUUAUGGCCCAGACGGGCUUGCACUGGUAAGAGAAGAGGGAAGGAGGGACACG